UUACUCGGUCUUUUCCUAACGUUAUUUCCCCCGUCGACGUAUAUCAUUUCCGAUUCGGUUGUUCUCCUCCUUCGACAUCCGGCCACAGACUCCAGAGUCCAGUGCAUCGCCACUCAGUUUAGUCCUGGAUCGCGUCCGGCACACGCUCACCCGCUCCGCUGUAACCAGAAGCUUUUCUGCAUAUUUCCGCUGUCUGAAAGUUCAACGUCACGUCUUUGCGGAAUGCCCCCUAUAUGGGUGGCAUUGCCAUUAUGUUUGGCUCUAUGUACACCUCUACAAGGCGAAGUGUACACAGCACUCUCCGAAUUGGAAGAGUUGUUGGAUACCGAAUCUGUUCUUUUAAAAACGCUGCACCAAUACAUUUCCGAUCAAGAACAUAGAAUAGCAGUAUUAAAAAAACAUGCUGUGGAUUACGAAAAAGAACAUUCAAUUGCAGCCAGAGACGUAACUAAUUAUUUAUCAAAUCCGAUCAAUGAUUAUUUAUUAGUAAAACGAUUAACUAGCGACUGGCAUAAAACAGAAAAAUUGAUGCAAGAUCCAUACUAUGAAACUGCUAUGAAAAAUCUGACUCAAUAUCGUGAACUCCUUAAGUUCCCUACAGAUGAAGAUUUAACCGGUGCGGCAACUGCACUUAUUAGAUUACAAGACACGUAUAAACUCGACACGGCAUCGGUUGCUAGGGGAGAAUUGAACGGCAUUCAAUACAGCACUCAAUUAUCAGCUGGUGACUGUUUUGAACUCGGCCGCCAGUCGUAUAAUAGCUAUGAUUUUUAUCAUACAGAAUUAUGGAUGAAUGAAGCUUUAACAAGGCACGAACAAGAGAGAUCUAAUGUAACAGUUCGUUGGGAAAUCUUGGAGUAUCUUGCAUAUUCUAGUUUUAUGCAAGGAAAUUUGAAAAAAGCAUUAGAUUUAACUAUUGAAUUAUUAUCAAUACUUCCAAAUCACGAACGUGCAUUGGGCAAUCUAGCAUAUUACGAAGCUGCAAUAAAAAAUGGAACAACUGAAAUCGAUAAAAGUGAUCAAUCUCAAAAAGCUGUUUCUUCAACGUUAGAUCCUGAAGAACGAGAACGUUAUCAUAUGCUGUGUAGAAAUGAAAACUUAAUGUCAGUCCAAAUUAGUUCUCAACUUCGAUGUCGUUACACAAAUAAUAAUAGGAAUCCUCGUUUAUUAAUCGCUCCACUCAAAGAAGAAGAAGCUUAUCUCAGUCCUCGAAUAAUUCUUUAUCGAGAUGUUCUGUAUGACAAUGAAAUAGAAGUUAUUAAACGUAUGGCCCAGCCCCGACUUAAACGAGCUACUGUUCAAAAUUAUAAAACCGGUGAAUUAGAAUUCGCUGAUUAUCGAAUAAGCAAAUCGGCUUGGUUAAAAGAACACGAAGAUGUUGUAGUAGAAAAUGUUGCCAAAAGAGUUGAAGUGAUGACAGGUCUUACAACAGAGACAGCUGAGGAACUUCAAGUGGUUAACUAUGGAGUUGGCGGACAUUAUGAUCCGCAUUAUGAUUUUGCUAGAUCUGAAGAGACCAAUGCAUUCAAGUCCUUAGGAACCGGAAAUAGAAUUGCUACUGUUUUAUUUUAUAUGAGUGAUGUAGCUCAAGGAGGUGCUACUGUAUUUCCUUGGCUAGGCGUAGCACUACAACCUGUGAAAGGAACAGCUGCUGUAUGGUUUAAUUUGUAUCCAAGCGGAAAUGGGGAUCUUAGAACUAGACACGCUGCAUGUCCUGUACUUCAAGGCUCAAAAUGGGUGUGUAAUAAAUGGUUACAUGAAGUGGGGCAAGAGUUUAGAAGACUAUGUGAUCCUAAAGAGGAUAUACAAGAAACAAUAAGCAGAUAAUUUUGGAAAUAUUUAAUUUUUAUCAAUUAAUUUGGUUUUUUAAAUGAUUUGUCAUCUUAUUUAACAACGAUCAAUAUUCAACUUUUGUACUAUAUUGUAUCUACAAUACCUUUUUAAAUAUUGUGAUAAAUGUUUCUUUUUUACCUAAC